GAGUCACGAAGUUUCUAUAUUUAGAACCAACAUUUGCAUAUAUAACCAACUCCCCUGCAUCUCUAAGGCCAUAGAAAAUCAAGAAACAGUGAAAUUUAAUUGUUUUACGAAUUGAUUAGUGAUUUUUUUCUUUUGUUGGUAAUAUUUGUGAGUAUGUGGCAGACGUGGAAUACGCCUUACCGGAAAGAUGACGUGGAGGUCGGAGCAAGGCCGUUGUAUCCGACGAUGUUGGAGAGUCCUGAACUCCGUUGGGCUUUUAUUCGGAAAGUCUACUCUAUUUUGAGUAUUCAACUUCUUCUCACAAUUGCAGUUGCCUCUGUAGUUGUCACCGUUCACCCAAUUGCACACUUUUUUGUGUCAACAGGGGCAGGAUUAGCACUAUAUAUUGUUCUUAUAAUCACUCCCUUCAUUGCAUUGUGUCCGUUAUAUUACUAUCACCAGAAGCAUCCGGUCAACUUUUUGCUUCUUGGCUUGUUUACAAUUGCUUUAGCCUUUGCUGUGGGAUUAACUUGUGCAUUCACUAGUGGCAAGGUAAUAUUGGAGUCGGUCAUAUUGACGACAGCAGUGGUGCUUAGCCUAACAGUGUACACAUUCUGGGCAGCAAAGAGAGGCCACGAUUUCAAUUUUCUGGGACCCUUCUUAUUUGGUGCUCUCAUUGUUCUCAUGUUGUUUGCCUUCAUCCAGCUUCUGUUUCCUUUGGGUAGGAUCUCUGUGAUGAUCUAUGGGUGUCUAGCUUCGAUUCUAUUCUGUGGAUACAUCGUUUAUGAUACAGACAACCUAAUCAAACGUUAUACUUACGACGAAUACAUCUGGGCUGCAGUUGCCUUGUAUCUGGACGUUAUCAAUCUCUUCCUAUCUAUAUUGACUAUCUUCAGAGCUUCUGAAAGUUAAGGGAGACAGCCAUGUAUAUGAUUAUCUUUUUUCUUUUAGGUGCAUGUUUUUUUUCUGCUUUUUUUUAUUUUUUAUUUUUGCUCUUAGUUAUUUGGGUUAAGUAGUCAGUGCAUAGAUGUAAUUGGAUACUAUGACUCAUGUAUGUUUGUAUAUUCUAUAAAGUUAAAAGAAACUAAUUUUUUCAUUCAACAA